ACUCCAGCAACUAAACACAAUUCACUUGAAUGCAUACAAUGAGAGUUUAUAACAUGAAAUUGUUCACGGUUGUGAUUGCAUUGUUUGCACUGGCUGGUUCCAGUGAGGAGCAAGCACCGCCGUGCGAUGGGUUGCAGACAACAACGCCAUCCUGUACGACAACAGAGCCACCCUGUACGACAACUACGUCUCCAUGUACGACUACAGAGCCACCCUGUACUACGACAACAGAGCCACCUUGCACGACAACAGAGCCACCCUGUACUACAACGACACCCUGUACGACUACAGAGCCACCCUGUACGAUAACUACGUCUCCAUGUACGACAACAGAGCCACCCUGUACUACAACACCACCCUGUACGACUACAGAGCCACCCUGUAUGACAACUACGUCUCCAUGUACGACAACAACGCCACCCUGUACGACUACAGAGCCACCCUGCACUACAACGCCACCCUGUAUAACAACACCACCUUGUACUACAACACCACCUUGUACAACAACACCACCCUGUACGACAACAGAGCCGCCCUGUACAACAACGCCUCUUUGUACAACAACGCCACCCUGUACUACAACACCACCUUGUACUACAACGCCACCCUGCACUACAACGCCACCCUGUACAACAACACCACCCUGUACAACAACAACACCCUGUACUACAACCGAACGCACAGAUGCAAUAGUAACAAUUAGUCAUGCCGAGCCCCGGUGUAAAUGCCCCUCUGGCCUAGGCGAUUGCGACUGCACCGCCUUAGAGGACGCCGCAACUCUGGUCUCGGCAC